UCGUAUAUUGAGAUCAAGGUGGCUAAAUUAGCAGACACUCACCGAAUCUUGGCUGAGGUAGUUCCCCGCGUUAGAAUAUAGAAAUUCCAUGCUGCCUAUCGUUUUCCAUAGAUAUAUAGUUACCGCAUAUCCCAGGGGAGACGUGGGAAGUAUCUCGUUUCUAUCAUCUCCAAGCUCGCUACCGUGAAAAUGCGCUUCUUACACUUGCUCUCCACAGGCCUCCUGGCGCCGACCAUUGGCCUUGCUUACCCGGCCGUCAUCAACAAUGGAGAUCUAGCCAAGAGAGAAAACUUGUGCAAUUUGAAUGCACCCCCUGCUCUCUGCGAGCCCGAUCCAACCGUAUCCGUGGAAGAAACAGCUGAGAGGGCUUACAAAUUCUAUCGUGCAUUUGUGGUCGACGGUGACCCAAGGACGAUGUUUUCCCUCAUUGAUUCAGAUUAUAUACAACACCACGCUGGGUAUGCGUCCGGACCCAACACCAUUUGGCCCCUUUUCUGCAGUGGAAGUAAACUAGGAAACGAGGCAAGCACAGCUUGGUGCUUCGAUGCUAGCACGAAUAUGUCGUACGCACGAUACUCGACUACAGACAGAUGGCGAUGGGUCGAUGGUUGUGUCCACGAGCACUGGGACCAAGGCGAGACGAUUCCAUCGAGCGACAAAUGCUUCAAAUUGAACACCACUGCAAGCGUGCAUUAGCGAAAAUUUCUAUCAAGGUGUUGAAUUGGAAACUUUAGCUAUUAAGAUGGUGCCCAAGUUGAACGACUGGGCUUGGGAACGUAUUGUUUUAUUAGCAAACUCGUAAUUUAGAAAAGAAACGUUUCUGUUCAACGGAGUCCCCCAUUGCAACCAGGACCCUUGUAUUAGCUUCGUAGAUCAUGAUGGGCAAGAAAUCAAUGCAUCUAGCCGCAAGCCUUCUGAGUCUUGGAUGAGAAACCCGGUUGUAUGUAUGUACUUUGUAAUUAUGGCCGUUAGGCUAUCAUUCGUAUCCGAUUCCUGCUUGAGAUAUCCUUCAUAUUCUAAAUGAGUGACUCUGUUUUGCGAAUUUAUGGACGAUGCACUAUGCUAGGAGGCGUUUAUUAUGGAUGAUUGGAAGAAUUAUAACG